AUGCGUGUACCACAUCGACCUCAUGAGAUGCAGCAAUCUGUAUCAAACCCAAAACCAACGGAUAAUACACCUUCAAACACCCAACAAACCCAGACAAUGGCUUCACAACAAGAACAGAAUGAGCCAGAAGCAGGAAUGGCCAUCACCCUGAUCACCGCCGACCUUCUCAUCCCAGGCCGCGGCACCCCAGUACAAGACGCCGCCGUCGCCAUCUCAGACGACAAAAUCAUCCACGUCGGCCCGCGCGACACCCUGCCCUCCAAAUACCGCUCCCUCACCCCCCUUCAUGUCCCCGUCCUCAUGCCGGGCCUCUGGGACGUCCACGUCCACUUCCUCGGCAUCGACGUCGUCACCGGCUUCAGCGACGGCAUCUUCAACGUCCUCCCCGGGUCCAACGCCGUCAUCGUCGCCGUCAUCGUCCAGGACCUCGAGGCCACCCUCAUGGCAGGCUACACCUCGGUCCGCGAACUGGGCGGCUACGCCGGCGACCUCCGCCCCGGGAUCGACUCGGGCCGCCUCGUGGGCCCCAACGUCUACUCCUCCAUCGCCGCCAUGUCCAUCAGCGGCGGACACGGCGACCAGCACACCCUCCCCAUGCAGACGGUCCUCGACUUUGCCAAAUGCGGCGGCGGCGCCUGCUCCAUCGCCGACGGGCCGGAGGACUGCACGAAGCAGGUGCGCCUCCUCGUCCGCCGCGGCGCGCGCUGCAUCAAGAUCUGCUCCAGCGGCGGCGUGCUCAGCCUGCUAGACGACCCGGAGGACAGGCAGUUCUCCGACGAGGAGCUGAGGGCUAUCGUCGAGGAAGCGGGCCGCAGCCGGCGCGCGGUGGGCGCCCACGCCAUCGGCAAAGCGGGCAUCAUGGCUGCGCUGCGCGCGGGCGUCAAGAGCAUCGAGCACGGGUGCUACCUCGACGACGAGGCCGUCGACCUCAUGCUGGAGCGGGACGCCGUGUUUGUGCCGACGCAGCACGCCAUCAUGACGCUGGCUGCUGACCCGUCGCAGCUGCCGCCGCCGCUGGCGAGGAAGCUGGUGAAGCUCGUGCAGAGGGCGACGGACUCGUAUCAGCUUGCCAUCGGGAGAGGCGUCAAGGUCGCGCUCGGGACGGAUACGUGGAGCAGCGACCGGACGAAGCCGCUGGCGCACGGGAAGAAUGCGCGGGAGCUGCACUGGGCGGUCAAGAACGGCAUGACGCCUCUCGAGGCUAUCGAGGCUGGCACGGCGAACGCGCCCGAGGUCUUGGGUGGGAUGGCGCCGCUGAGUGGGCAGGUUAGGGAAGGGUAUGAUGCGGAUUUGAUUGCUGUUGCGAGGAACCCGCUCGAGGAUAUUGAGAUUUUGACCGACAAGGACAACAUUACCCACGUCUGGAAAGGGGGCAAGUUGUUCAAGUCUUCGUGA